AUGAGCAAAGCGGGAACUGGCCAGAGCAGCCGACAGAUGAUAUUGCUGCCGUCGAAAGUUGACCGGGAUUCUAGAGAAACUUCGAGACUGCAGACUGCCUUGGAGAACUACGGUGUUUGCGUCGCUUUUGACGACCCAGAGAGCUCGACUCACGGCGAGCUCGUGCCUUUCGACGAGGGAAACGCACAGAUUGUGAGGAGCACUUUGUUCUGGGAACCUCCAGUGCGGUCCUUGGGAAGUGAGCUUUUGCUCACGAUGAAACGCUCGGGCUGGAAACCUGCUUACAGCCGAAAGUCAGCCACUGGUCAAACCUACUUUUACGGAGACCAACCAAUUCACUCGUACUUCUUCAAGCCACACUACGCGCCACAGUUCUCACCUCCGGUAUCUUCUAAUCCAGGAGAUUUCAUCAUGAUUGACGGAGCACUUGUCGAAGAGUACGCGCUUAUGGAGCUCGAUUUCAAGUACCGAAGGACGGCCAGUGCGGAGUACGAGCUUGCUGGCUGGCUCACGUUCGGCGACAUCGAAGGCCUCAUCGAGCGCUCUUUCAUGCUAAGAGAGAACCAGUACCGUGCGCAUUACCGCCAGUCGCCAGCAGUGCAAUGGACCAGUCAGCCUACCACGUCAGGCAUCCAGACAAGUUUCGAUCAGCACUGCGCGUCGUCAACGGCCUCGACCACUUCUGAAUCCUCGAGAAGGAGCUGUGCAAGUACCCAGAGAGGCCAGGGUGAUGACGAGAAAAUCGACACUCCUCAUACGAGCCAGCUCGACCGCGCUGAUGUGAAAAGUGCAUGGGGUGGAGAUUGCGAUGCGGCACCGUCACCUUCGGUGGCUUCCUGGGUCGAGAAGACCAAGAAUCCCUUCCGCGUGCGCGCUUCAGAUGGGAAGGCGAAUUGGAGUAAUAACCCGUGGGGUCAGCAGGGGAGCUGGGAUGGUAUUUCGCUGAUCUGA